GGGAGUGGCUUCCUCUUCUCUGCAUGACAGUUAGAUAGCGGACUGCCACUGCAGACUCGACGAAGAAUUAUUGGUCUGUCAGCAUGCAAAAAUGUUUAUCAUAAUAUUACUCCAUCUUGCUGUUUUUAAUGGUAUUUGCAGCGCUAAUCUGUUGAUAAAUGGCACUGAAGGAGAAUCUGUGAAGCUGCCUUCAGUCCUGGGGACUGUGACAUGGAAUGACUUUGUCAUAAUGGAGUGGUACUUUAAUAAUAGAGAGAUUGUGAAAGGCACACGUGGUAAAGACAAUGUAAAUCUUCAUGACCAGUUCACAGGGCGACUGCAACUGAGCCCUGAUUUCAGUUUGACUAUCAAAGAGCUGACACUGCAGGACAGUGGGAUGUAUCAGCGUACAGGGCUGAUGAAAAACGGUUCCCAGAUUCCCUCACACACCAUCAGCCUGAGAGUUUAUGAGAGUGUAAAAGCAGUAAAAAUCCUGCAAAACAUCACUUGGGUGCCAGUGAACGAAACCUGUGAGGUACAUGUGAUGUGCAGCUCAUCAGGUGACCAAAGUGCCUCCUACACCUGGAGGAAGGGGGACCAGACAGUGAGGGGCAGAGAGCUGCACUUCUCUCUCUCACCAGCAGAGGGGGGUGUUACUGUCACCUGUACUGUUCAUUAUGGUGUCAGUGAGAAGAGCAUGAAUGACACUGUGAGGUGCACUUCUGCAGAUAACUCACAAGAUUUGUACCUGUACAUUGGGGCAGGAGUAGGGGCUGCUGUCCUGGUCAUCAUCAUCACUGCAGUACUAGUGAGCUGCUUCAGAAGAAAGCGCACAGCAGUGGAGCCCGUCCAGGAGCCGAUGACAACAUAUGCUGUGGUCAACAAAAGCAGCAGGAGAGAGAGCAAUAGGUCUGAAGGCCACAAUAACUCAAGUUCUCUGUAUGAAACUGUGGGGGAAGUUAAUAUACAAAAAAAGCCUGAGACCCUUUAUGACCAGGUGAUGCUGAACAGACACACUGAGUCCUCCCCCUACCAGAAAGUUCUCUGAAGACUUCUCACAUCUACAAGACAGAGGCUCAUACUGUCACAGAAUGUGACACCAUUAG